CUCGGCCGUGGCAGCUCCGCGAUGCCGCCUCCGGAGCCCAUGCCCGGUUACGGCGAGCUGCUCCGCCGGGCUUACGGCAGCUUGGCCGCGGCCGCCCGGGGCUGCGGGGACUGCGGCUGGGAGCUGGCGCUCCGCACCUGGGCCGAGAACGCGCAGCUGGGCUGGGCGGAGGUGCUGCUGUGCGGGCUCUGCGCGCUGGGCUGGACCGCGCUGCGCCGCGCCUGCUCCCGCCGCCUCUUUCGGCCCUUCGGGGAGUGGUGCAAGCUGCAGCCCAAAGAUGCGGCCAAGAUGCCCGAGAGUGCCUGGAAGUUGAUUUUCUACUCCUUGUCCUGGUCCUACGGCGCUUACCUGCUGUUCUGCACCGAUUAUCCCUUCUUCCACGACCCCCCCUCCGUCUUCUACGGGUGGCACCGGGGCAUGGCGGUGCCCGGUGACAUCGCGCUGGCGUACCUGCUGCAGAGCAGCUUCUACGGCCACUCGCUCUACGCCACCGCCUACAUGGACACCUGGCGCAAGGACUCGCUGGUGAUGCUGCUGCACCACGUGGUCACCCUGCUGCUCAUCGCCUCCUCCUACGCCUUCAGGUACCACAACGUGGGUAUCCUGGUGCUGUUCCUGCACGACAUCAGUGACGUUCAGCUGGAGUUCACCAAGCUCAACGUGUACUUCAAGCACCGUGGUGGGGUCUACCACCGCCUCAACGAUGUCAUCUCCAACAUCGGCUGCCUGACCUUCAGCGUCAGCUGGUUCUGGUUCCGUCUCUACUGGUUCCCUCUCAAGGUUCUUUAUGCCACCUGCCACUCCAGCCUCCAGUCCGUCCCCAACAUCCCCUUCUACUUCUUCUUCAACGCGCUGCUGCUCGUGCUCACCCUGAUGAACAUCUACUGGUUCCUGUACAUCGUGCUCUUCGUGGCCAAGGUGCUGCUGGGGCAGAUGCAGGAGGUGAACGAUGUCCGCGAGUACGACGUGGAGGAGAGCAGGAAAGCCGGGAAGGAGGCUGGGAUCCCGCUGCCCCAGGCUCUGAAGGAAGGGCUGCACCUCAAGAACGGCCUCGUGAAGGACAAGAGGUUGUGAGGGCGGCGUGGCCGGUGGUCACUGCCAGGACCCUGCCCUGGGACCCUGCAAAGGAGAACUUCACCCCCCUGUCCCCCUGCCAGCCCUGCCAGGACCCCUCGGGGCUGGGCUGUGCCUGUCCCCUGUCCCCUGGGGGCCACUUGGGCUUUGCUGGCCCGGGUGGAAUUCGGGGCUGCCUUUGUGUCCCCCGGUGUUGCUCCACGUUCUCAGCCCCGCUGUGAUUCCCCCCCGGAACCUCCCUCUGCCCCUUCCCAGCUGCUCCUGUCCUGCUCCAGCCCCGAUCCCGGCGGGGAAAGGUCCUG